GCCUCAGUCGCAAUUUGUAUCUCUAUCUGGUUGUAUCGUGUGGCACAAUUUCGAGUCCGUCUAUAAAAUUUGUUCACAUCAGAGAGAGUCUUUAUUACACGAAUCACUCUUUUUUGGAUGCACGGUUCGACAGAGCUGGAGAAUCUCUAUCUAUCUAUAUAAUACAUACUUCUAUUUCUUGUUUUGAUUUUUUUUUCUUUAUUCCAAUCCGCCAUCGUUUUUAUAUCGUCUUCGUCAGAUAUUAUUUGUUUUUGGAUUUUUGUUUCCUUUUCCUCGUCGUUAUUGUUGAUUUUGUGUUGCAUUGCAGCAAUUUUCUUGUUGUUAUAUAUCCACAAACCCAACCAAAUGCGUGUAUCUAAUGUUGCAUAAAUAUAAAAAUAAAUACCGUUAAGCGUCAAUCGGUUACGGUGAAUGGUUGUUUUUUUUUUUUUUUUUUUAUAAGUUGGCAAAUUCAAUUAGACAUAAAAAUAAGUACAAAAGCAAAAGUUGGCUAAUUUGUUUUUGUUGACAACACAAACCCCAUCACACGACUACGACAUAGUUUUUUUUUUUUUUUUAAUUUUCGUUUUUGAAAAAAAAUACCCUACCUAUUCUUUGAGAGAGGUAAAAAAAUUUUCUUUUAACCUCUUCACUGUAAAAGGUGCAGUUCAAUUUCAAGCCACAUCUAUCUAAUGCAAGUGUAUCGGUGAAGUUAUUAAGUGCAAAAUUGUGUAACAAUUUCAAAUAAAAAAAAAGAAAAAUACAAAGAUAUAAAAAAGCAUCUAAAAAGCCUCCAAAGAGCAACUUAAAAAAAAAAGUUAUGUUUGUGUUUUGAAAAAUAAAAAAAAAAAAAUAUCCCUUGUUUUGAUAACACCCAUACCCAUCAUUUUCAAAAACAAUUUUUUCAUCGCUAAAAAUUUGAAGGAAUUGGAAAAAUCAAUAACAACCUAGAUUGUACCAACAUUCGAAGCACAAACACCAGAGAAAAACAAGUGAUUUUUUCUUAUGUAAAAUUGAAGAAAAAACAAAAAAAAAUUAAACACCUAUUUCGAAAUAAUUCAGCAGAACUAAUCUAAAUGCAGGCCUCAAUGCGCUUCAUACUGGAAUAUCAUCAAAGUUAACGAAGCAGAGAGCAGAAGAAGAAUAUAUAAAUUUUCAGUUUUUUUUUCACUCUAAAAAAAAAAAACGAAAAAACCACUUAACCUAUCUUCACACUUAAAAAAACUUAAUCCACAUAAAAUACAGCAAAAAAAACCUCAAGUCUGAUGGAGUCCAAGGAAUUGCUACUCUCAAUUGUUUGUCUAGUUAUUCUAUUCACAGACCAUUCAAGUCGAGUCUAUGGAAUGUCCACUGUGAACAAGGAUUUUGAGCAAUAUUUGCGAACAAUAAAUUCAUCAACAACCAUACCCAUACCAAAUGUCGAAGAACGUGUUGUAGUUGAUAUUUACACUUUGGCAUAUUUAAAUUAUACAUAUGUGGAUAAGGAUGAUCAAAUGGUGAGCUUCUCGGAGGAGAAGGCACGUUAUGGUGAAGGGAAGAUUUUAAGUGUGCAAGGAUUGUUGGUCCAUGUGACGAAUAGGAAUGAUGUUGGCAUUGAUAAAGCUUGUGAUCCGGAUAUUAUGGGGACAUUGGGUAGUCCAUUUCCGAAAGAGAAAUGGAUAGCGUUGGUGAGGCGGGGUGAAUGUACGUUUGAGGAUAAGGUGAAGAAUGUUGCUGCUAAAGGUGCUGUUGGGGUGAUUAUAUUCAAUGAUAGACCUGUGAUGAAUUUGGAGAAGAUGCAAAUUAAGGAUAAAACACGUGACAUUACAGCUGUGAUGACCUAUCAAGAUAUCGGUCAACACAUGGCAGACAUUCUAGACCAAGGAAUCGAAAUAAACGCAUCGAUAAGCAAAGGCAGAACUGGAACACGCCCAUUGAAUACGUUAAAUAAGACUUCAGUGCUCUUCGUAUCGAUUUCUUUCAUAGUCCUGAUGAUAAUCUCUCUAGUUUGGCUAAUAUUCUAUUACAUUCAAAGAUUUAGAUAUCUUCAAUCAAAGGACCAACAAUCUAGACACCUUUGUUCAGUAACAAAAAAAGCCAUAAUGAAAAUUCCCACAAAGACUGGUAAAAGCAACGACAAAGAUGGCGAUAGCGAUUGUUGUGCCAUCUGUAUUGAAGCAUAUAAAUCAUCCGACUGUAUACGGGUACUUCCGUGCAAACAUGAAUUCCAUAAAAACUGCAUCGAUCCAUGGUUAAUUGAACAUCGCACAUGUCCAAUGUGCAAAUUAGAUGUACUAAAAUUUUAUGGCUAUGUGAUUAUAGACAGUCACGAAAGUAUAAUGUCACUUGAAGGUUCCUUCUUUGACAAUAAUGCCGUUACAAUUGAUAUGUCUUUUCCGAAUUCACCCGAAUCUCCACCAAUCGCUCCUACUGGAAAUGUAUUUCAACAAAUUGAACAAUGGGAACAACGUCUGAGCCGUUACAACAUCAAUCCUCCUCCUGUGUUAUUUCAAAAUCAUAUACCCGAACGUUCUCAAUCGUCAUUAUCCUUCAAAAAACAUAAUAAUUCAGAUUAUGCCACGACAAACAAGCUAGGCUUUCAAAAUGGAAUUGUGCAAACAAUGAGAAGACUUUCUCGUAAUGAAGAUACAAUUUCGAUUUCCGAUACAAUUAAAAAACGUCGAUCUCAUUCAGCUGACAGCAGAUUCAGCCAGAGCUUGUCGUCCUCAAAUGAGGCUUAUCAAAAGCUAACAACACAGGACUGGGGCACGAUGCCAUCUACCUCGCGGCAGUCGAGGGAAACAGUCCGUUUAACUUUAGAUGUACCGGAUCCAGAUGUUAAAAUACAAAUUAACGGAAAGGGAGUCGACAUUUAAUUCAAACAAUAAACUAAACUUUAAAUACUCGACAGCUGUGCAAACGUAAAUAAAGUGAUAAAAGUGUGAUCAAAGAAUAUGGGUGAAGUUGAAGUUAUAAAAGUGUACCUAUUA